AUGGUAGGCCAACAAUAUUCUAGUGCGCCAGUUCGUACCAUUAAAGAAGUACAAUUUGGGUUGUUUUCUCCAGAAGAAGUCCGUGCUAUUAGUGUUGCCAAAAUCAGAUUCCCAGAAACUAUGGAUGAAACACAAACAAGAGCUAAGAUCGGUGGUUUAAAUGAUCCAAGAUUAGGUUCUAUUGAUCGUAAUGUAAAGUGUCAAACCUGUCAAGAAGGUAUGAACGAAUGUCCGGGUCAUUUUGGUCACAUUGAUUUAGCUAAACCUGUUUUCCACAUUGGUUUCAUUUCAAAGAUUAAGAAAGUUUGUGAGUGUGUCUGUAUGCAUUGUGGUAAACUACUUUUGGAUGAGCAUAACGAACAAAUGAACCAAGCUAUCAAGAUUAAAGAUCCAAAGAAGAGAUUUAAUGCGGUUUGGACUUUAUGUAAGACAAAAAUGAUUUGUGAAACAGAUGUUCCUUCUGAAGAUGACCCAACAAAACUAGUUUCUAGAGGUGGUUGUGGUAACGCUCAACCUACCAUUCGUAAAGAUGGUUUGAAAUUAGUAGGUAGUUGGAAAAAAGACAAAAACACUAAUGAUGGAGAUGAACCGGAACAAAGAGUUCUAAGCACAGAAGAAAUCUUAAAUAUUUUUAAACAUAUUUCUUCAGAGGAUUAUAUUAGAUUAGGUUUUAAUGAAGAAUUUGCUCGUCCAGAGUGGAUGCUUCUAACAGUUUUACCUGUCCCUCCUCCCCCAGUUCGUCCAUCUAUUUCCUUUAAUGAAUCCCAAAGAGGUGAAGAUGAUUUAACCUUUAAAUUAGCAGAUAUCCUGAAGGCAAAUAUAAGUUUAGAAACUUUGGAACUUAACGGUGCACCACAUCACGCUAUCGAGAAACAAAAAGGUUACUUCAUUCCAUGCCGCAACUACAUGGAUAACGAUAUGGCAGGGCACCUUCAAGCAUACAAAAAUCGGGCCGUCCUGUUAAUCUAUUCGGGCCCGUUUAAGGGGAAGGAAGCCGUUUCAAGGUAUUUAAGGGAAAGCGUGCCAUUUUCCUGCAAAACACGUUUUCCAGGGACCCAAUUUGAAUUGGACAAGCGGGGUUCCAAAUAUAACUAA